UGGGACGGGGCCGGGGCUUCGGAGCUUUGACUGAGGUUUCGAACUGUUCCAGCCAGCGGCGGUGAUACUGGAAGAUGGCGGAGCUGCGCGCGCUCGUGGGUGUCAAGAGGGUCAUCGACUUCGCCGUGAAGAUCCGGGUGAAGCCAGACAAGACAGGCGUGGUCACAGAUGGAGUGAAGCACGCCAUGAACCCCUUCUGUGAGAUCGCUGUGGAGGAGGCCGUGCGGCUCAAGGAGAAGAAGCUAUUGAAGGAGGUCAUUGCUGUCAGCUGCGGGCCCACUCAGUGCCAGGAGACCAUCCGCACUGCCCUGGCCAUGGGCGCAGACCGAGGCAUCCACGUGGAGGUACCGGCUUCAGAGGCUGAUCGCCUGGGUCCCCUGCAGGUGGCCCGGGUCCUGGCCAAGCUGGCAGAGAAGGAGAAGGUGAACCUGGUGCUACUGGGCAAGCAGGCCAUUGAUGAUGACUGUAACCAGACGGGGCAGAUGACGGCUGGAUUUCUGGACUGGCCACAGGGCACAUUCGCCUCCCAGGUGACAUUGGAGGGGGACAAGUUGAAAGUGGAGCGGGAGAUUGACGGGGGCCUGGAGACCCUGCGCCUGAAGCUGCCUGCUGUGGUCACUGCUGACUUGCGGCUCAACGAGCCCCGCUACGCCACGCUGCCCAACAUCAUGAAAGCCAAGAAGAAGAAGAUUGAGGUGAUCAAGGCCGGGGACCUAGGUGUGGACCUGACCUCCAAGCUUUCUGUGAUUAGCGUGGAGGACCCCCCCCAGCGCUCAGCUGGGCUGAAGGUGGAGACCACAGAGGACCUGGUGGCCAAGCUGAGAGAGAUCGGGCAGAUUUGAGCCCCCCUCCCUGAAACUGCAAUAAAACUAUGACUCUCUUGA